CCACGUUCGGAAAUGCGUAUAAAACCAUCUGCUCACAAAUCAUCACCGAAGCUCCAUCCCUAAAACCUCACGCCCAUGGAUUUCUCUGAGCAGGACGUGGACGUCUUCGGAGAAGACUACGACGAAGACCGCAUCGACGGCGACGGCGACGGUGACGGCGAGCGUCGAAAGACGAACCGCCAAUCGCCUUCCGGAUCGUCAUCGCCGUCGUCCUCAUCGUCCUCUUCCUCUUCAGCAGCGUCGUCCUCGUCGUCGUCCGGAUCUUCGUCCGACGGAGCGGAUAGCAGCAGCGACGGCGGAAGCCCUCGCAGCGGCGGGAGAGAAGAUGAGAACGGAGGGGAUUUGGAGAAUUUUAGUGGCAUGACAAACAGUCACCGUAGUGAGUUCGAAGAGCAGGAGACCGAUCUGUUCGGUUCUGAUAACGAGGAGUACUGUAAAACUCCGGCUACAAGUCGUUUUUCGAUUCCCGUACUGCCCCCUAUUCGUACAAAUAGCAGUCAGGGCAGAGGGAGUGGUCGUGGUCGGUGGCAGGCUGGGCAUCCAAAUGGUAGAGGAGCAGGUAUCCUUCCCCGCCCUGUACCUUAUCCGCCAAGGCAAAACUAUGGUUUCGGACCGAAGUUUUCCAACGGUCAUCGCGAUGAGCGUUUUGUUUCUGAACUCAAGCUAUCCAAGAGCGAAGAAACAUUAUCGAGGAGAUGCGUUGCAUUUCAGGAGCCGUGUGAACUUGCUUGCUAUAGCCGUGUGGAAGGUGGAGACGUCUGCUUUGACGAUCGCGGCUUGAGGCUCUUUAAACGUUUCAUAACAGAAGAUGUGGGAGCUGAUCUAAAUGAAGGUUUCGACACUUUUAUUGGGAAAAAAGAAUUGGGUUCCGAGGGUUUUGGUGACCUUCUUGCUUGCAUAAGGGACAAAAAUAUCCCGCUGCAGAACAUCCAUUUUGUGACAUUCCGGAACAACCUCAAUAAGAUAUUGGCUACACCUUAUAGCAGAAAUGAGCCCUGGGAGAUGGGGGUGCAUAAAAGGAAUGGGGUUGUCUACCUUGAUGUUCACAAACUUCCAGAAAGGCCUCAAAGUGACUUAGAUCGCAGAAGAUCUUACUGGGGAUAUUGCUUUGAGAACCUUGCAACUGAAGACCCCCAAAGAGCUGCGGGAGAAGGGAUACAUCAUGUUGAUGCCAAUGUUGAAUACUGUUCUGUGAUUAAAACUAAAUUAGGGGCUCAUCGGAUAUUGAUGGGGGCUGAAAUGGAUUGUUGCGAUUCAGCUGAUGAUGGAAAGAGAUUUUAUAUCGAGCUAAAGACCAGCCGUGAGUUAGAAUAUCACACUGAAGAAAGAUACGAGCGAGAGAAGCUCCUCAAGUUCUGGAUUCAAACCUUCCUGGCGGGUGUUCCUUAUAUAGUUAUUGGAUUCAGGGAUGAUGCUGGCCGGCUUGUCCGGACAGAGAGAUUAAGAACCAAAGACAUAACUCAGAGAGUUAAAUCGAAGAACUAUUGGCAGGGAGGAGUGUGCCUGGCAUUUGCUGAUGAAGUCCUCUGCUGGCUGUAUGGAACAGUCAAAGAAAAUGAAGACUACAUACUGCAGUUUGCUCCACCGUUUAAUCGUUUGGAGCUUCUGCAAGCUAACUCUUGCCCCGAUGCGAUCACUAACCAUGUCAAUCAAUUGUGACAUUUUCGGAGGUUUGCCUUGAAGAUCAUCGGAUGGAAAAGCCGCCCAUUUUUCGUCUCCCGGAAGCUUCAGACCUUGUAAAUUCGGCGAAGUGGUAACUGAAGAUAUCGGUUUGCUAACUCAGGCAUCGUCAGGAGUUUUGCUCAGGCCAUCUCAAAUGCAGCCAUAAGCCGGGAUCACGAUUCUCGGAUGUGUAAUAGAAGUUAGCUUGGAACUUCUAGCACGAGAACCGUUUUCCAUUUCCCAGCUUUGUCUGUACAUCUAGCUAGUCAUUUUUUUUGUUUUAAUCUGUGACUAUAAUAUCUGCAAUUGACACUAGAAAUCUUGGGUCAUUCGCGACAAACAUCAUCCCCAAGAUGAUGGCUUAUGCUCGCAGUUGGCAGUUGUUUACAGAAUGUUGGACAGUUCUCAUAAAAAGGCUGGUUUUGAUUCUA